AUGGAUGUGGCAGCGGUAGAGGGGAUGUCUCUGCCGGGUAUCCGACUCCGGAAUCGGCCGACGCAAGUGAUGCCGAACCAGAAGAAGGUCAGAGCGAGACGGAAAAAACGAAAGGAGUUGGUUUUAAUCCAGAUAUGCUUGUUCGGCGGCUUGCUCCUGGUCGUGAAGGGGUUUUCCUACUUAGCGGAAAAUUCAGGUUUCGAUGUCUCCGGUCGCGGCGGCGAGGACCAGGAGAGAUGGGGAGGGAGGAGGCUACUGCAGGAAAUGGACAACAGCAGCCUGGAGGAGAUGGAGAGCGAGGAAUCUAAGAACUGCACUGCUCCAGCUCUGCACGAGUUCCCUUCGGACCUGUUCACAAACAAAGAGAGGACAGAAGGAGCUGUGGCCCUGCAUGUCCUGUGUACCAUUUACAUGUUCUGUGCCCUGGCCCUCGUCUGCGAUGACUACUUUGUCCCCUCCCUGGAGAAGCUGUGUGAGCGUCUCCAGCUCAGUGAAGACGUAGCAGGGGCCACCUUCAUGGCCGCCGGCAGCUCGGCUCCGGAGCUCUUCACGUCCGUCAUAGGGGUGUUCAUCACCAAAGGUGACGUGGGUGUGGGGACCAUCGUGGGUUCGGCUGUCUUCAACAUCCUCUGCAUCAUCGGUGUGUGUGGCUUCUUCGCUGGCCAGGCGGUGAAGCUCUCUCACUGGGGUCUACUCCGGGACUCAAUUUAUUACACAUUUUCUAUCACGGCCCUCAUUGCGUUCAUAUACGAUGAACAGGUGUGCUGGUGGGAGUCUCUUAUCCUGAUCCUUAUGUAUGCAGGCUACAUCCUUAUCAUGAAGUUUAACGGCAGGGCACAUCGCUACUUUGACCGUCGAAAGAAGAGCUCUAUGAAUCUGGCCAACGGGCUGACAGGAAGCACUGAUCUGGAGGAUAACGUCACGUGUGAUGCUACUGCAGUCCUGCUCAAGAAAGGCAUACCCCCACCAGCUGUCUUUCUCUGAGGCCGGCAUGAGGAUCAUGAUCACCAGUCACUUUUCCCCCAGAACCCGCCUCACCAUGGCCUCGCGCAUGCUUAUCAAUGAGAGACAAAGACUGAUCAACACCACUGAGACUCGGGUCAACCGCAUCACUAACGGCGACUCUGACUCAGGCGCCAGGGCUCAGGGGAGGCGGGGCUUAGAGAAUGGGAUGGGCGGGGCCGAGCAGGGUCUGAACGGGAGGUGCAGACUUCAGCGACUGGAGUCUGGGAACGAGACAGAGAAUGAAAAUGAGGAUAAUGAGAACAACGAGAACGACGAGGAAGGAGAGGGAGAAGAUGACAGUAAUGGCCCCCUGGUGCCAUUUAAAAUUCCAGCUGGUGCGUGUAACAAGCUGAAGUGGCUGACCAUGUGGCCGCUGUCCCUGCUUCUGUUCUUCACCGUGCCCAACUGUGCCAAGCGCCGCUGGGAGAGAUGGUUCAUGGUGUCCUUCUUCACCGCCACCAUCUGGAUCGCUGGCCUCUCCUACAUCAUGGUCUGGAUGGUGACUGUGAUCGGCUUCACUCUGGGCAUUCCUGAUGUUAUCAUGGGCAUCACCUUCCUAGCAGCAGGCACCAGCGUCCCAGACUGCAUGGCUAGUGUUAUAGUCGCACGGCAAGGUCUGGGAGACAUGGCCAUCUCCAACUCCAUAGGCAGUAAUGUGUUUGACAUCCUGGUUGGCCUGGGCCUGCCCUGGGCACUGCAAACACUCUGCAUCGACUACGGCUCCAUCAUCUAUCUUAACAGCAGAGGACUCAUAUUCUCUGUUGGACUCUUACUGGCCUCAGUAUUCUUCACAGUCCUCGGUGUCCAUUUGAACAAAUGGACCCUGGACUGGCGACUGGGCUUGGCCUGCAUCAUCCUGUACGCCAUCUUUCUGUGCUUCUCCAUCCUCAUCGAGUUCAACGUCUUUAUCUUCGUCAACCUUCCUAUGUGCCGAGACAUCCACUGACCUCCCUCCCCCUCCUCCUCCUCUUCCUCCUCUUCUUCUUCCUCUGGUUAAUGGAGGAAACCUCACCUGGCUUCCAGUUUCUCAGCGCCUUGGAACCAAGUCUUUCCUUUUAUUUUUUCAAAUAGAAAAAUAGAGCUCUAUAUGAUUUAUCUUUGGUGCAAUACACACACGAGAGAGAAGACACCGGAAGUUUUGUUUCUUUGGGCACAGGAGGCGUGAAAAGAAAGUCCCAGCAGCGGAGAUUGCUGCCAAUCGUCUAAUGAACCGAAAGGUUGGCUGGAGUGGACGUAACUGUAUUAACACCAACAGUGAGGCUGCUGUUGGUGAAGAAGCUGCUACUGUAACUGACUGGAAAGAGAGAAAUCAUGCGCUAACAGCGAUUUUUAGCUGGAUCGUUUGUUACUCUUUGUACAAGUUUGGAUAUAAGCACACGAUUAAGGUAUUUUUAAGUAAAAACUGGCUUUCGCUGUAUAUAUUUGAGGAUUAUAUAGGUACUAAUAUUAGCUGACAUAUGGGAUUCUCUUAUGCACAACUGGAUCAGUCUUGCAAAGCUGAACCAUCUGACGACAGUGACGAUAUUUUAUGUUUUACCUAGCGAUUUGGUCUGCCAGUAAUACGCUCAAAAUGCUUCAACAUGUCUCCCAUGCUCAGUACCAGCCAACACAGCAUGCUGUGCUAGCCACAAGUCAGCUCUAGCUUUGCACUGACAGAGAGAAUCUAGAUAUUUAACACUAUUCAUUCACAUAGUCUACUCGUUUGUUUCUUUCUCUCUCUACAGGAAUAUCCGAGUAGAUGUGGGCUUUAUUUUUCUUUAAUAAAACCCACAUAGGAAAGGGAUCUCCCUAGAACUGACAUCCAGCACUGUCACUUUAUUGAUUAGAGAUAUUAUUCUAACAUUGCAAAGCCUCUACAGGUACUCUAAACUUUUAACUACUGAAUUUAAACCUCCCUCUAGAAGGUAGACCUCUUGUACGAUAUUAAAGAAUUAUUAGUUUUUAGUCUCUGAGUUGAGUAUAACAUUGUUACUUCUUAAAGCCAAAAGUAUUUUUAGAAUAGGAGUAAGAGUCGUAGAUUUGGACUUAAGAGUCAGCUCGAGUGUGUGUGUGUGUGCAUGUGCGCGUGUGUGUGUCACAGUCUCGAGGGGAACCAAGGAUACCGCUGUUACUGGGAAGACAUAAUCAUGAUUUAUUUAUGAAUUAAUUUAUUCAAAGAUCAUGUCUAACCACCAGUUUCAGCCCCUUGGAUCAUGUACAGUGUAUUCAAUGGAACGUCCUCCGCUCUGUGAUGACGGAGCUGUACAAUGUACUGUACCUAAUAUAUAAUCUAAGUACUGGAAACUGACUUGAUGUUGUUUAUAUUUAAGCAUAGAACUUUAUAAUUUAUAAGUUUUGUAUAGUUUGGAAAGAUAUUGCAACAUUUGUAUAUUGGUACCAACGCAGCGGAUUUUGACGAUGAUGCAUGGCAGGGCUGCGUUGCCACGGAGAUGUUGUGAUUUGGUGACAUGGACUGAAAAUGCAAUCUUUUAUCACUGGUCCUAACAUGGGCGGGAGUUGUUGCUAACCCCCUUGUGUGUUGAAUCAGUGAUGAAUCUCAGAUUCACUUUCAGACAGAAGAGGAAGUGCGUACUGACACACCGGGCACACCGCCCUUUGAACUCUCACAACAUAUUGUUUCUUAAACACAGUGCUUGAACUAUCGUGCCAUCCCUUGUAUUUGAGGCUUCAAAACCAACGCUUGUGGCCAUUCUCCUGCUUGUAUUUGAGCCAAAAAAAAAAAAAAAACACCUUCGUCAACAGUAUUGCCACUCUGUUUCAGCAUGUGUUCAAACAAAAUGUGGAAGAUAUGUAUUUUUAUUUUUAUCGUGGAGGAGAUAUAUAUUAAAGGCGUCCUCUGUAGGUGUUGAUGCUCCUCUUGCAGCCACAACAGAGUGCUGUAGAGUUGUGUUACAUAUUCAGAAGGUGGCUGUUACACACUCAGUAGAAAGUGGUUUGGGUUAUAUUUUCAGGUAGGCUACAUAGAGACAAAAAUUGGUCGGUUUGCAUGCCUCUUUCAUAAUUCAGAUUAUUUUGUGUGUAAUUUUAAUGAAUUUCCAAGAUCAUAAAGGCACUGUCUUGAUUAUGCUGUACAUAUCAGAGGGAUAUAUGCUAUUAUAAACACACAGAUGUUUGAAUAACUUCUGAUGAACAGUUAUAUUUGAGAUAUAUACAGUAUUUAGAAUGUACGCCUACAACAGUUAGUUUUCAGCUAAUUAAUGUCGUUUUAUGCUCAUGUCUUUUGAAUUGUUUGUAAAUCCUCAUUUUUGUUGAUGAGGACCUCUGGGCAGAGCUCAGAGCCAGAGAGAAAGGUUGGCCUUGUUCCCAGUGGUCUUCUUGCAAUAAACUGAUUUACAUACACAAA